AUGUCCUCCUCUGGGGCGGGUUUUGGGUUUCCCUUGGCGCCCGCCCCCUCUUCCCCCCCGGUCAAGUACCACACUACAGUUAUACACUAUACCACCCCUGAAAAUGGCCGUAAAUUGAACAAGACAACGAAAUGA